AUGCUCCCCCAACCGUCUCCCCAUGACCGCCGCCUCCCCUUUUGCUUCUGCGCUGGUCCUGUCCCGCCUCGCUUCGCAGGUCCUCCGCACUCAUCCGUGCUCCUGCUCGCCCCCACUGCCGCUCUGGCGAGCAAUGCGCCCUCGCCCGUCCUUCCCUUAGCGUUCCGCGCUGCUAGUGCCUCUCGGGCGGUGGGGAUCUCUCGUCCCUUCUUCCUCCAUGCCCGCGGCGACUUUCUUGCAGAUGCCACUCCUCCUCCCAUCUCCCUCCCUGCUUACGCUGCAGAUCUAGCGAAUGUGCCUCGCCCCUUGCCCUUCCCUCGUUGUGCCCCUGCGAAUCAGGCGAGCCAGACUCGCCAGUCUGUCUUCUAUCUCGUUGCCAAUGCUCAUCAGGCGAGCGCGCCCCGCCUCCCUGCCUCCCAUCAUGGUGCCGACGCGGAGCAGGCGAGCGCGGCCCUUUGUUCCACCCUCCUCCGCGCUGCCGACGCGGAUCAGGCGAGCACGACCCUCCGUUCCGCCCUACUCCGCGCUGCUGACGCGGAUCAGGCGAGCGCGGCCCUCCGUUCCGCCCUCCUCCGCGCUGCCGACGCGGAUCAGGCGAGCGCGACCCUCCAUUCCGCCCUCCUCCGCGCUGCCGACGUGGAUCAGGCAAGCGCGACCCUCCGUUCCGCCCUCCUCUGCGCUGCCGACGCGGAUCAGGCGAGCGCGACCCUCCGUUCCGCCCUCCUCCGCGCUGCCGACGCGGAUCAGGCGAGCGCGACCCUCCGUUCCGCCCUCCUCCGCGCUGCCGACGCGGAUCAGGCAAGCGCGACCCUCCGUUCCGCCCUCCUCCGCGCUGCCGACGCGGAUCAGGCAAGCGCGACCCUCCGUUCCGCCCUCCUCCGCGCUGCCGACGCGGAUCAGGCGAGCGCGACCCUCCGUUCCGCCCUCCUCCACGCUGCCGACGCGGAUCAGGCGAGCGCGACCCUCCGUUCCGCCCUCCUCCACGCUGCCGACGCGGAUCAGGCAAGCGCGACCCUCCGUUCCGCCCUCCUCCGCGCUGCCGAUGCGGAUCAGGCGAGCGCGACCCUCCGUUCCGCCCUCCUCCGCGCUGCCGACGCGGAUCAGGUGAGAACUCGUCCCUGGGCACUUCAUAUCGCAUCUCCGCUCGCCCCCGCUGCUGCUCUGAAGAAUGAUUCGCCUUCGCUCGCGCGUCCUGGCUGCUUCCAUGCUGCCGCUCUACCCCUGGCGAAGGUGACCACGCGUCACGCCUUCCUCUACGUGGCCGAUGCGGGUCUGGCGAGCGUAAUUCAUCACUUUGCCUUCCCCCUCCCUGCCAAUGCAGAUCUGGCGAGCACGACCUGUCGCCUCGCUUUCCUCCGCACAUGUGAUGCAGAUCUGAUGCAUGCAGCCCCUCUUUUCGCCUUCCUUCGUCCUGCCGACGCGUAUCUAGAGGAUGAUCUUCUUCCGCACGCUCAUACGUCAUGUCGCCUUGCUUUUCUUGUGGCUCAGGCGCCGAAUCCUUUCCGUGGCUGUCGUCGCCAAGCUCUGCUCGCUGAUCUGGCGAACGAUCUCCUUCAUUCGCCCCACCUUGCUCCGCCUCGUCGCGCGCCGGCGCCUGAUCCGAUGCGCCUGGUGCUGCCGGGAGAUCGCGUCGCGUCCCCGCCUCCAUACGUUGGUGCUUUCGCUCCUCGCCGUACUCGUCGACUUCGGUUCCGUCUUCCUCGCGCCUCGCCUUCACUAACUCGUCAGCGCAGGAAGGCGACAUGA